AUGACGCUCUCGCCCAAGUCCCUCGCUGGCCCAGGCUAUAUCAUUCUGAAUGGCAUCCGUGUCAUGAACAUUAUCGGCUUCCUCGCCGUGAUCACUGCCAGCGUGGUGAUGCUGGUCAAGAUCGAUACAGAUACCCAUCUGUUCUUCUUCGACGCAGUCAGCCAUGUCAUUACACUCAUUACGAGCAUGUUCCUGAUCGUCUCAGAGCUCUCGCUGUUUCGAGCCUACUUCGCCCGCAACUGGCCACUGCUCAGUCCCAACCACGGCUUCGUCACCCUCGCACUCGCCAUGAUCGUGCUCGGCAUCAAUGUCAUGGGCAACCUGAACAAGCCAAGUGGCAGUCAAAAGGAGCUUGGUCUUGCGUUCUGGCGCAUUGUCAUCGGCUCAGGCAUCAUCAUCUUCAUCCUCGGUUGGGUGAACUUGUUGUCCAGUUACAUCUUCCGCGACCGCAAGCAAGGCAUCACGGCUCGUCAAGUCCGUGCUCACGGUGCUGUCGCAGUGCACAAGACACCACCAUCCAGCGAAGGCUCAAGAACGCCACCAGCACCGGUGCUCGCACAGUCGUACAUCUCCAACCCAAUCACUCCCUCGCCGACGAAGACCAGCAACCCUUUCCGCUUCAUGUCUUCAGAGCGCCGCGACUCGGUCCUUCCAUCCUACCACACCGCAGCAUCAGCCACAUCUUCACCCGUCAAGGAAGUCGAGCGACCACUCUCCCCCACCAGCAAGUACUCUCGUCUGACGACCUGCACCAAGAAGAAGGUCUGGGGCCCCGGCGGUUUCUUCAAUCGACAGAGCAGACAGAGCCUCGCUCCACCACUUCCCGUCAACCCUUCGCAACCAGGUCGUGAGAUGGAGAUCUCUGCACCAAUGGGCGUCAACCCACAGUUCGCACACCUCGUCCAGAGACCAGAUUCUGCGCUGCAUCCCAGUCGACAAGGCGAGAGCGAGGCGUUCCGUUGGAGGGUAUGA